AUGAAGAAGAAGACGUCCGGCGACGGUAGCUACUGCUGCUGCGGCUGUUGUGGACAUGUCAGAGGAGGCGCAGCUGGACUAGGUUUAGUGUUUUGAAGCUUGGGGGAGUACUUUUACCGCACGAAACGUCGCCAACUGGACUAAUACAGCAGUAAUACGUCACGGAUCCCGGUCCUUUGAUAUUUGACAACUGGUAAACUAGCGUUAGCUGGCCAACUGGCGAGCCUCGGAAAGUAGGUCUUGUUCCAUACAGUCAUGUCUUCGGCCGGAGACUUCGGAAACCCUUUGAGAAAAUUCAAACUGGUCUUUCUCGGAGAACAGAGUGUGGGAAAGACCUCCUUGAUCACAAGGUUUAUGUAUGACAGCUUUGACAACACCUACCAAGCCACAAUAGGAAUAGAUUUCCUGUCGAAAACUAUGUAUCUUGAAGACAGAACGAUCAGGUUGCAGUUAUGGGACACAGCAGGACAAGAGCGAUUUCGAAGCCUCAUCCCAAGUUACAUCAGAGACUCUGCUGCUGCUGUCGUAGUGUACGACAUCACAAAUGUCAAUUCCUUCCAGCAAACCACAAAAUGGAUUGAUGACGUGAGAACAGAGAGAGGGAGUGACGUCAUCAUUAUGCUGGUGGGAAACAAGACAGACCUUGCAGACAAGAGACAGAUAACCACAGAGGAGGGAGAACAGAGAGCGAAAGAGAUGAAUGUUCUUUUUAUUGAAACAAGUGCAAAGACGGGCUACAAUGUCAAACAGCUUUUCCGUCGCGUGGCAGCUGCCCUCCCUGGCAUGGACACCACGCAGGACAAAGGUCGAGAGGACAUGAUUGACAUCAAACUCGAGAAACCACUGGAGCAACCCGUCAGUGAUGGAGGCUGCCCCUGCUAAUGGCGUGUGCCAUUAUUGCUAAAUAAUGCUACUGGCUUCUUCACUCUUCACUACACCUGCCUCUGUUCCCCAGUGAGAAACCCGCCCCCCCCCCUCCGGACGAACACUACAUCCUUUAUCAUCACCUUUGUGGAAGCUGUGCACUCUCAGGUGGAUGCUCUGAAAGUCAUAAAUCACUUCAACUGAACAUUUGCACUGUAACACACACACUGAAACAGUAUUUCAGCCUGUUCUACUUUUACUGUCAAUUUAUUUUAAGUGAAAGAAAAAUCAAAGUCUGUGCGUUUAAAGGUGUGAUAAUUCUUUAAAAUGUUAAAUGUUGCUUUAAGAUGAAGAGGCACAAUGUGGUUUAGGUGUGUAUUAUUGAUCUUUAGCAGUUGAUUAUGUUGUCAUAAUUAAGGAAACAGGCAGCUUAGGUGGCCACUUGCAGCCGUUUUGAGUCACAUGAUAUGACGAGGUACAUGAUAUAAACACACUGAAACAUUAUUACUAAGGCAAUACUAAAACAAGCACGCAACACCUAAUACAAGAGCAACACUACCACUCUAUUAUCCACGUUUCUGUCCCCUAUUUCCUUCCCCCACUGUUCCCUUCACAUGGGUUAUUAUUAGCAAGGCUUACAUUUUCUAUCACUGUUUAAUUUGCAUAUUCUUUUUUUAUGUUUUAAGAAUUAUAUCUUCAAAACCCUUCCAUAAACAUUAGAUGUGGAGAUUUGGGCCUGUUUGAGUUAAAUUAGUAGUAGUAGUGGUUUUCUUUAGCACUGGGUUUGUUAAGUUUGGUAUGACAUUUGAUUUAAAGCUGCAGUAGACAGGAUUGCUGUAAUCCACAUUCGAGAUUGAGCCACAGAUUAUGACGGUAUUCAGAUUUUAGGAUUGGUUCUCUCUUGGAAUCUUUCUCAGAUUACUUAGUUUUACAUUAUGAUGAAAGAUUAUUGUGGAAUUAUUGAUCAGUCACACCAAACAAAUCCUGCAUACUUUACCUUUAAAUACUUUUUUUUGUUAGUGAUUAUUCUUGUUUGUAUUUAAUCCAAAAUGGCAAUAUUUAUUUUUGUUGGAUUUAUGUUUUUAUUUUUAUUUUAUGGGUCUUCAUAUCUUUUCACUUUUGCUGAAUCACUACUCAAUUGUUCAACAGAAUCAGUAGAGAGAGCGUCUGCUGCUUCCUUCAACACUUCUAAAUGACAAUUUCAUCACCAUCCUGAUAUUACUCUUAUGGAAGAGAGUCUUAUUUCUAUAGCAUAGUAAGUCCUUACUGUCUGGUAUGGUUUUAAAUGAAAGAAUAAAAUGACAUGUCACCACUCCUGGAAUGCAUGUCUUAUUGAGAGAUGUAAUGUUUUGUGUGUCACUUUUACAUUUGAUUGCUAUCUAAAUCCUAAAUCAACGUGAUCUCCAUAUAGUGAUCUGUUUCUGCUUUGGUUACAGUUAUGUGUGAUCCACAGCAUCCACUGUGCGCUGAUAAGUCAAAGGCGUCACAAUGAUGCAAUGAUUUCAUUUCACACUUCAGGAGAAGCACAGAUAUCGACGUCUUGCGUUGAAGUUUCAACCGAGCAGCAACAGAAAACCUGGAAGCAGCGAGAAGUUCACUCAGCUGAGUGAAGCCUACGAUGUUCUCAGCGACCGUGAG